UUACCCUGAAAGAGUCAGAAGUGAGAUGUAUGCCUCAUAAGCUGAGGAUUGUGCUGGUGGGUAAGACUGGAGCAGGGAAGAGCGCAACAGGAAACACCAUCCUGGGGAGAGAGGUGUUUAAAGAGGAAAUUUCCCCUUUGCCUGUAACCGUGAAGUGUGAGAAACAUAGUGGAAUAGUGGUAGGGAGAAAUGUUACUGUGAUUGACACCCCAGGGAUCUUUGACACAUCCAUCUCCAAUGAGCAAAUCAAACAGGAAAUGGCAGAGAGCAGCAAUCACAUAUUCCUGCUAGUGAUCCGAUUGGGGACAUUCACAGAGGAAGAGAGAAACACUCCAAAGUGGAUCCAGGAGAAUUUUGGAGAAGAAGCUUCGCAGUACAGUAUUGUGCUGUUUACAGGGGGAGAUAAGCUGAAUAAACCAGUGAGGGAGUUUCUGAGACAUAGCAAUGAGCUUCAAGAGCUCAUCAAUAACACAGGUGGUGGAUAUCAUGUCUUUAAUAACAAGGAUAGGGACAACCACACUCAGGUCGUACAACUGCUGGGCAAGAUAGAGGCGUUAUUGUUUACGACUGGAGGGUUUUAUUAUUUCAAGGAGAGAAAGGAGCAGGAGGCUCAGCGAGAGAUCAGAGAGGAAGAGGAGAGAAAAAGGCAGGAGGCUCAGAGAGAGAUCAGAGAGAAGGAGGAGAGAAGGAGGCAGGAGGCUCAGAGAGAGAUCAGAGAGGAAGAGGAGAGAAAGAGUGAGAAGACUGAGGGAAAGAUCAGAGAGAAGGAGGAGAGAAAAAGGCAGGAGGCUCAGAGAGAGAUCAGAGAGGAAGAAGAGAGAAGGAGGCAGGAGGCUGAGAGAGAGAUCAGAGAGGAAGAGGAGAGAAAGAGG